CGGCACUGUGGUUUAAUGGGUCCUUUUCAUUACACGAGGACACCCUCAUGCCUCUGUGGCCGUCGCCUGUCUCAAGUUUUAGUGUUUAUCUUGGUUAAAAACUCUUCUUCAGGAUGGACAGUGAUAAAAGUACAAUCCCAGAGGCUGGCACUGCCCCGGAGAGUAAAACUGACGAAGAUAGUUUCACUAAGGUAAAGUCUAAAAAGACUCAGAAACGAAAACGAGAACAAGAUGCGGCGGACAUGGACACAGAGGAGCCCGUGGCGAGCAAGCGGCCGCAGUUCCCCCCGAUCUCAAGCGACAAAUUAAGGGGACCAAAUGAGAUGCGUAAAGUUGCUGUCCCGGCUCACAGAUACACCCCACUGAAGGAAAACUGGCUCAAGAUUUUCACCCCAAUUGUAGAAAACCUGCAGCUUCAAGUUAGAUUUAACCUGAAAACAAGGAAUGUGGAAAUCAAGACUUGCAAAGAAACACAGGACAUCGGCUCCCUUACAAAAGCAGCAGAUUUUGUCAGAGCGUUUAUACUGGGCUUCCAGGUUGAGGAUGCCUUAGCUCUUAUCAGAUUAGAUGAACUCUUCCUUGAAACCUUUGAUGUCACUGAUGUAAAACCUCUGAAGGGAGACCACUUAUCCAGAGCCAUCGGGAGAGUAGCAGGGAAGGGGGGGAAAACCAAAUUCACCAUCGAAAAUGUCACAAAGACUCGCAUUGUGCUUGCAGACACGAAAGUUCACAUUUUAGGAUCUUUCCAGAACAUCAAGAUGGCCAGGACAGCGAUAUGUAACUUAAUUCUAGGAAGUCCACCUUCAAAGGUUUAUGGCAACAUCAGGGUGGUGGCUAGCCGGACAGCUGAGAGAUUCUGAAGUGUGAUUGGCUGCUGCGCGUAUUUAUCCUUUUCCCUGAUAGGCUGGUAACACUUCCACUUUGGUCUGUGGUGAUGAGAUGGAACUGUGUGGAAUGACACCUCGGAGUCCUGUUGUGACCUCUUGUUUGAGCCGUCAGCUGGUUUCAGGGUGACACAUUGUGGAACAGUUGAGCCAGAAACAUGAAGCUAAAUCAUGAUACUUGCAUAAACAGAGUGUAAUUAAGUGUAAGCAUAAGUUUGUGUAAAUAAAUAAUUUCAAUCCCCAAUGUGAA